AUGGAAGGGAGGCAUGCGCAUGAUGCAGGCAGGCAGUCGUGCAGUGCGCUGGACCAGAUGGAGAACGGCGAGGGCACGGCUGGCGCGGACAACGGUGAGAAGGGCUUCGAUGCCGAGAGGCGUUGCAUCACAUCCACAACGAACAGGGACACGGUAAACCUCGGGAGCGAGCAGGGGCUUUUAGCUUGGGAUGGGACUUACCUUCAUCAUGAUUGGCUCGUCCUCGGCGGUCGAUAA